ACUACAGUACUUGUGAUCAUUAAUGGUUCUUACAAGCUUGCACAAGUAGUUAAAUGCUUUCCCUGUAAACAUUCUAUUGUGGUCUAGGCUGCAUUUGGCAUUCCUUAGGACUUAUCUCCUUUGUGAGAAAAGAUGGGUGUCCAUAGAGGCAUUUUAACUGCAAAAAGGAAAUAAGUUGGCACUCUAAAGCCUCAUAAAUUUUCUAGUUCGGAUGGUUGGACAUGCUAUUAUUAACUGGCCUGCUGGGAACAAUGUAGAGCCAUUGAUUUGUGACAAAAAGGAGUAUUUAAUUUGCAGUUCCAUUGCAGUGCUGUAUGUUGUUGGAAGGCCAUGGACUUGAUUCACAAGGUUAUGAACUGGGUGAUGCCUCCUUUAACUCUCAUCCUAUUAUGUCUCAUUCUACCACCCUUGUUCAUCUUCAGGUUCAUUCGUGCCAUAGUUGCAUCUUUCACAAUGGAGAAUAUGGCCGGAAAAGUCGUUCUCAUCACCGGCGCUUCAUCGGCAAUCGGGGAGCACAUAGCUUACGAGUAUGCAAAGAGAGGAGCUUACUUGGUUCUUGUUGCAACAAGAGAAGAUUGCCUUGGAAAAGUUGCUGGAAGGGCUCGUCAACUUGGGUCCCCUGAUGUUGUGCUCAUUUGUGCAGAUGUCUCCCAAAUUAAGGAAUGCAAACGUUUUGUUGAAGAAGCAGUGAACCACCACUUCGGCAGACUGGAUCAUCUGGUGUGCAACACGGGAACCGAGAGCUUUGGCCUAUUCGAAGACGCAGCUGAUGUUGCAAAAUUUGCACCAGUCAUGGAUGUUAACUUUUGGGGAUCAGUUGCUCCUGCUUGUUUUGCAAUUCCCCACCUCAGAAAGAGCAGAGGCAGGAUCGUGGUGAAUGCUUCGGUGCUUGGGUGGACUGUCUCACCCUGGGCAAGUGUGUACGGAGCAACUAAAGCUGCUUUAGUGAACUUCUACGAGACAUUCAGAAUCGACUUGAAACAGGAGGUGAAAAUAACCACAGUAGCUCCUGCGUUUAUAGAAGCAGAGAUGCUCCAAGAAAAGCACUCAUCUAACACGGGUGAUAUCGUUGCAGAUGAAAAAAUGAGAAAGAUUAUGGUAAGCCUAUUCGCAGUUAGGAGUUCAGAGGAGUGCGCAAAAGCCAUUGUAAAUGGAGCAUGCCGAGGAGAUAGAUACGUGAUAGAGCCACCAUGGUAUAAGGUGUUCAUCCUGUUCCAGUUUGUGUGCCCUGGGCUGGUUCAGUGGUGCGCCCACUGGUUGUUUACAACAAGUGAUCAGGUACCUCCUAGGGGAUGCUGUAAGAAAAGAAUGUUUUGAAUAAGGGAAUCUGGUAAAGAUGCAAGGGGAUUCUUUCUGAAUGCCUACUGUUUGAAUAUAUGUUCUUCAAGCUAUAUAUUGGAUCGUAUUGCUACUUGUCUGGUUA